AUGGCGGGCAAGUCCAAAUUCCAAAACUUUGGUGUGAAACGCGGCCGCAAUUUCCCUCUGCCGGAGAGGUUCCGAUGCGCCGUUGAUGGGAAAAUGGAGCCCCCGACCGCGUUCUCCAACAACCAACUGGCAAAGUGGCACAACACUAAGAAAAGCAACAAUGAUGGCAUCACUCCUUUCAAUAUUAAGUUGACUUGCCGCAAGCACUCCGGUGAACCUGCCCGAGAGCUGAAGUGUCAUGGCCCCUGCGGCCUUUGGAAGGCCAGAGACAAAUUCAGCCACUCACAAAGACGCAACAAGCUUCGGUGGUGUGCCGGCUGCGUAAGAUGGAAGGAGCAGCAGGACUAUGAUUCCGUUCCUCUGCCUGCCCCCAACGGCCAGGUCUCCCCUGAUGAGAUGGUCGGAGUUUCGGUGCACGCUCAGGUUGAGAAGGCGAUCGGAUUUGAGAAGGACGAAAACGCUGCUGAUCACCAAGAUUUCGAUGACGAAGACACCGAUUAUGAGGACGAGGGUGGUCCCGAGGCUAUUCACAACACUCGCGGCUACGAUUACGAUGAGCACGACUUUGGGUUCGAUAGUGAUGACAGUGAUGACGCCAUCAGAAUCACCCAGGUCAAGCCAACUGAAAAUAUGAAUGAGUCUAUUGCGUCACUCUCAAUUGAUGACGGCAAUCGUGUGCCCAGUGUUGCCGGCUCGGCGAUGAUGACCGAGACGUCGUCAGUCGAAUAUGAGAGCAAAGAGAACUGGGUGCCUCCUCACCUCAGACAUUCGGGUGGUCAACCCAGCACAGCUGGUCAGGUAUCCGAUAGAAGCUCCGUAGCGGCGUCGGUAGAUUUUAACAUGCCGCAACAGAAUUUUCGACCUGGAAGCAUCAGCUCGGUUGUCCUCCCCCAUCAGCAUGCUCCCUCACGAACUUCUGGUCAGAUAGGUUCCCGUUCGGUGGCUUCUAGUGACUCUCGAGCCGGUAUCGACUCAAUGUCUACUUACUCCCAGUCAGUCAAAGGCAAGCGUGGCGUCGGCGAAUCAGCCUCUAAGACCUUCAUCGGUUAUGGCCCUGACGGCAAUGCCAUGGAAAAGACCACGGCUCCAUCCCAAGCAGGCACAUCUUCCACUAGAACCACGGGCGGUGGAUACAACAUCAAAUCAAGGCCUGAAAAGAAUGGCUGGGCAAGACCUGAUCAGCGCAAGACGUUCCACGAGAAUCGCAACUUCGGCAGCACGACUGGGGAGCGCAUCCUGGAUCAUGACCCCCAUGACCCCUAUGACAGUGACGAAGACUACUGCUAG